AUGAUUAAUUCCACGACGACGCGUGCGAUGGGUGAGGCGAGCGUGGUGGCGACGGAACCGCGAUUGCGGCAUGAUGUUUUUGUGGCGGACGUCCGCGGUGUGUCGCUGGCGUUUGAGGUGUAUCACCUGCGCGAGCAGUUGUUCGCGUACGUCGGCGGCGUCGACGGACGCUUCGCGGAUUGCGCGUUCGCAGCCAAGGCUCGAACGACCGGAGGGAGCGGUGGCGUCGCGGCGACGACGUUGUUGGGAACGGAGGUCUCGGCGCGGGCGUCGACGGACUGCGCGAGACGAUUAGCUUUGAGAUCGGGGAAAUCGAUCGUCGUGAGCGUCAACCUUCCGGCGGGCGCCGAGGCGCUCCAAGACGAGGCGGAGAAGAUUCUGAUUCGACACUUGCGCGAGACGCACGCGAUCGAGGGCGACGUACGCGAGCUCGAGCGCGCGCUCGGAGCGAUGUGA